AUCCCACCUAACAACCUGAACCCGGAAGUGACGCAGCUAGGCUAGAGGACGUGGCCAGUGUCAGAACUGCGCUGCUACGACUGCAUAACACCAAAACAGAGAAAUGGCGACCGCAAUGAAGCUACCCCAGUGUUGUGUGUGUGGCACCUCUUUCACAUAUGGCGGCUCCGACCCCCGCCUCCUGCCCUGUCUCCAUUCAGUGUGUCAGGAAUGUCUAAAUAUUGGCACCUCUGAUAUACUGACCUGUGACAUCUGUCAGGAAACAUUCGACAAAGAACAAACUGAUUUUCCUCCCGAUGUCGUUGCCAUCAAAGAUAUCUUCCUCCAAACUGCUGAAUAUGAUGGUUCCGCUGUGCUGUGUACCAACAAGGAUGACGGUAACCAAGCCAUGUCCUGGUGUGAUGAAUGUGAAGCCCUCUUGUGUGAGCACUGCCAAGCAGGUCAUGAGGACAUGAAGAUAACUCGAUCUCACAAAGUCGUCCCACUGGAAAACCUGAAGUCAUCAGAUGGAGUGCCGAUUCCUAAGACUGCCUACUGCACUGAACACGUUGAUCACCCUCUGCAGCUGUAUGAUGACACGUGUGAACAGCGAAUAUGUUUCAAAUGUAGGGAGAACCAUGGCGUCUGCAAGGUGAAUGACAUAACCGAAGCAUAUCAACAUCUGAAGGAGACGGUAUUGGAUGAAGAAAGAAAGGCCUCGCGAAGAAGAUUGAGACCAUCAGCGCCAUCAGGGAACAGAUACAUACAGUUGUCAAAUUGUCAGAGACGAAAGAAGAGGAAGAGAAAGAUUUCUUGAAACAUACAUUUUCCGAUCUGAGAAAUACGUUAAACCAGCGAGAAGAAGAGCUUUCGCUUGAACUGGGUCAAAGUUUCAAAGCUGUAUAUGAUGUGAAUAACUCCCGGCUUUACGAGUUGGGAAAGAAGAAAGCCAAAUGUGACACAGCCCUUGGCUACUGUCAGAAAUUCGCUGAUAUGUCCAGUGUUGAUGCACUCCUAAAUGCCAAAA